CGCACUUCCAGUCUCUGAGAACGUUCGUAGAACCCAAACACAAAACCAACAAUCAACAUGAAAUUCCUCAUCUGCUUGGCUCUCUUCAUCGCCGCUGCCCAGGCUCAUGUUGUGGCACCCGCCGUGGCCACCUAUGCCGCUGCUCCGGCCCUGACUUAUGCCGCAGCCGCUCCUGUUGCCACUUACUCUGCUGCCAUUCCUCGUUCCUACUCCGCUUACGCUGCUCCCUCCGUUUACGCCGCCCCGUCGGUCUACGCCGCCCCCUCCGUCUACUCCUCCUCCUAUGUGGCCGCACCUUCCGUGUACUCCGCCUACGCCGCACCCGCCGUCGUCUCCACUCUGCUCAAGAAGUAAAGUGUUCAGAUCGAU